AUGGCAGAAAGAAUUUUUAUUGACACCCAAUCUGCAAAUGCGAUGAUUGAUAACGGUUCUGCAUACGUAAUAGACUCUACAUUAUUGGGAUUAAAUUAAUUUCGUAUUUAUAGUGUUCAGUGUCCGCUCUAAAUAAAUAGAGCUAUGCCAAACUAGUGAUAUUAUGGAUAAUCCUUACUUAAAAUGGAGUACCAUAUCAGCAGGCUCUCCUUGGCAUGUCUUCACCACUUCUCAUUGUGCCCUUGCCUUGACUCAGCUCCUGCGCGUGCUUCACUUAAAGGCGUGUGCUUACCCAAAAACCUUGAGCUCUUAUUGCCCUUUGAGCAAUUCCUCUAGCCCUAUUCAUCUAAGCUAAACCACUAUUGCUAUGUAGGAGCUCUCCCAGGUAAACCAACUCCAUAAAUAAAAUUCCAUAAGGAUGAAAAUUAGCAAAGCUAAUUUCUCGCCAGCCAAAUGCCAUUUGAUUUAUUGCUCUGCAUUAUUGCAAAACGAAAAUUCAAGGAUAAAGCAUUUUGAAAACAGAAUUAGAGGUGCUAAAUAUUUUUCUAUUGCUGAAAUCAGAGAUACAUCUGCACCAUUGUCGUUGGCUUGGCCUACUUUUCAACAGUUUACUGAAGCUAUGAUUAAGAUAAGGCUGCCAAAUGAUGGAAAAGCAGUUAUCGUAUAUGAUCAAACAGGAUUUGGGACUGCUGCAAGAGGAUGGGCAAUGCUGAAAUAUUUUGGGUAUCCAAAUGUGUUUAUCCUUGAUGGGGGAUUGCCUAAAUGGGUAGCUGAAGGAAGACCAACUGAGACUGGGGAAUAUGAGCUCAAUUUUACAGACCCAGUUGAUUGGCGUCAAUAUUUAUGCUUUCUUAAAUUAAAUUAAAUUUACGUCAUUAACGCGUUCACCACCACAGAGGCCGGAGGAUUUGCACCCCUGCAUGCUCAUCAUCCUAGAGAGAUUCGGCAGAUACCCCUCCUUCUGCCACAGUAGAGUUUUGCACAGCUGGAUAGGACUUUCUAGCUCCAAAGUCCUUAGGACUGAUUUUUCGAGAUAUAACUCCCGUAUCAUGCCAGGCACCAACCGUCCUGCAAGCUAGAAAGGAGUCUGUUGUUCAACUUGAUCUGGUGCCUUUCAAAGAAUCACCGGAGGUAAAAACUCAUGUUCCAUGAUUAGCUUCUGAGGCAAAGAAAAACUCACGCCCAAUAUACACCAAGGGAUGCCGAACCAUUUCUCAGCUUGGUUUCCCCACCUGAUGCUUGUUGAGAAAAUAGCGCCAGGUUCAGGUGGUCGUCUCUGCCAUAUUUAUAUAUUUAUGCUUUCUUAAAAGAAUAAACUCUUUAGGCAUAUUAUAUUAUAUAGCUUAUUAUUAAAAAGUCCAAUUAUUUGAAUACGAAUAGUCACUGAGCAUCACGAAAUGAGGGUUCUUAUAGACACAGUCGAACAAAUAGUGAACCAAAAGAAUAGCGGGGACAACAGGUUUGCCAUUUGGGACCCAAGACCGCCCAAUAUGUUCCAAGCAGGCAGUAUCCCUACUGCAGUUAAUCUGCCAGCUUCCACAUUCUUUAAUGCUGAUAAAACUAUCAAGUCUCCAGAAGAGGUCAGAGAACUGCUUCAGCAACACGGCUUAGGAGGGGAAGUCAUUACAUCUUGCAUGAAAGGAAUUAAUGCAUCUUUAGGCUAUGCCUUACAGAAAUACUCAGGAAAUGAUCAUGCUCAUAUAUACACUGGGUCUUUUGAAGAGUGGAAAAAGCUUAAAGGCUAA